AUGAACUUUAACACCUUAACUAACCCUGUUUAUGAUUUAAAGCAAUUUAAAAAUAUAAGCGAAGCAUACAAAAAAAAUGAGUUAGCAUAUCUCGAGCAAUAUUACUCAAAGUAUUAUGUUGUCGACCUGAGUUUAGCACCAGCGCAUCCUUUACUUCAACGAUCACAGGAUCAGAGCUCUUCUAGUCGUUAUCUAUCAAGCAUUCAAACUAUAGAAUACAAUGUUAAGAUUAAGAGUUCGAUUAAUAAGAAAAAACAAGUUCCUCUUUCAAUUGAUACUGAAAUUUGCGUUGUUACAACUGAAGAAGGAAAGCGGUAUAGUAUUAAGGCUGGCGUCGUAGGUUGGAUCCUUGAUAUCAACACAAGGUUUGAGCAUGAAAAAGAAUUGCUACAAAAUAAG